AACAGUGCGUCUCUUCAGGAGCCAGUCAAGAGGCGCCGCCGCGACUCAGCUCAAAGUCCUGGACCUCGGCGUUUUAUGAGUCACUAACAGGCAUAACUCUGUUAGUCAGUGCACCAUCUCUUUCCGGCUACGUUGUGCUCUGCCACGAAAUUCAUGACGGUUGCUGACUGUGACUCUCUAGCGCUCAUCAUGCCUGUCCCAGCAGAGUGCUGCACCACCACCGCCCCGGCCCGCGCGUCCUCGGCGUCGCUUGUUCCCCCUGCCCCGAUCAACACGUACCAGCCGGGGGUAGCGACCUCGCUGCUGUACGGCGGCUCACAGUUUCGUGGUUACCAGAAAAGCAAAGGCAACUCCUACGACGUCGAGGUUGUUUUGCAGCAUGUUACCGUGGAGGACUCAUAUUUGUGUGGAUACCUGAAGAUAAAGGGACUAACUGAGGAGUACCCCACUCUCACAACAUUCUUUGUCGGGGAAAUUAUUAGUCAAAAGAGGCCUUUUUUAACGAGGAAGUGGGACGCCGAUGAAGACGUGGACAGAAAGCACUGGGGCAAGUUUCAGCCUUUUUACAAAUAUGCCAAAAGCUUCAAUUCGGAUGACUUUGAUUACGAAGCUCUGGACAACAGUGAUUAUGUCUUCAUGCGGUGGAAGGAACAGUUUCUAGUUCCUGAUCACACAAUCAAAGACAUCAGCGGGGCCUCAUUCGCCGGCUUCUACUACAUCUGCUUCCAGAAGUCCACAGCCACUAUUGAGGGAUACUAUUACCACAGAAGUUCUGAAUGGUACCAGUCUCUAAUCCUCAACCAUGUUCGAGAGCACAGUGUGCCCAUUUAUGAGUUUCGCGUGACUGGCAACGUCACCCAACCAUUGGUCACAGAGACGUACAGGUGCGUGGCUCCGUACGAGACCAAAGACACCAAGAACAAACCGUUCAAAGUGGCGCUGGAUGAAAAAGUGGACGUGCUCAUCAAAGACAAAGGAGGGUGGUGGCUUGUGGAGAAUGAAGACAAACGAAUGUCCUGGUUCCCUGCCCCCUAUCUGGAGAAGCUAGAAGACGAUUAUGAUGAAGAUGACACAGAUGGGACUCCUGAAACAGGAUCAAUGUAUACUGCAAUCAAGAACUACAAAGCCACCAAAGGUGACGAGAUAAGUGUGAACAUGGGUGCCAUGGUGGAGGUCCUGCAGAAGUCUGACAAUGGCUGGUGGCUCAUCAGAUACAACGGUAAAGUGGGUUAUGUCCCCACCAUGUACCUGCAGCCCUACAACUACCCUCAUAUCCGACUCCCAGCCCACCACCAAGAUCGUCCCGCCUCCUCUUUGGCCCUGGCCCCCACCAUGACCCUUCGACAGUCCCACCAGCUUAGCCACUCUCAAGGAAACCUGCCGCAACCUCCGCCCAGCAGGUCUCCAUCGCCUCGCCGGCUCCAACCAGAGGCGAAGGAAAGGUCACGGUCCCUAAACAUCCUCUCGUCUGACCAAGCGCCUCCUCAGCAGCCACAGAUUUCCUAUGCUGUCAACACCGCCACCAGAUCCGCCAACGUAAAACACACACCUCCACCCACCAUUAUGGUGGAGAUGGAGAGAGCAGAGAGUGAGACUAGUUUAGACAGCAGCAGCAGUGAAUUCAGCUUCAGCGACGACCUCAGCUCCUCCUCGGCGAGCUCGACCUUCAACCUGAGCCCGAGCACCAACGGCGAGCGCCUGCGCCUCAGCCGCACGCCUCCACCCACUGCGAGCAACUACCUCAGCCCGACAAACGGCCCCAUGGGCAGAAUCGUCCCCAGUGUUUCUGAUCCAAAUCUUUACAAGGGGGCCACAACACCAAAGAUUCCCCCCAGGCCGCAGCAACGGGAGAUCCUCAGCCGCUGCACCACCAUCACCCGCAAGAACGCGUCCAGAGGUCCCUCACCCACACCACCCGGGAUACUGAGCCAGUGA